UAUACAGUAAAUACCACGGUACAUAAUAAAAACACAGGACAGUACUGUGAUGGUUUUGGAUCGUAAUACCACUGGAAGGAAUCCACUUUCAACCACCUUCCAUUAUUCAUACACCACAAAACAAAAGUACCGUGGUAAGCUAACCGAUCCGUAACUUUACCAUGGUACCACCACAGUAUAUUUCUCUACACUGCGCUCCUUUAAUGAACGAUUGACCUAAUCAAUAACUUGUAAAAACCAAAAGCGCAUCUUUUCUCAGAAACGUCCCAUGUCGCCUCUGUACUGUAUGUGCCGCUCUGAUGGAAAAAUUAACUUUGAAGUCAUAAAUAAUACUCCCACAUACAGGCCUCUGGACAGAAACUUGUAUCUAGUUUCCUCUAAAUCUCUGCGUUUCCAUAACAACAUGUGUCUUCGGUUGUUUUCAGAAGCGGCGAUCUGUUAACCCCCUAAAUGCCAGGGAAAUGUCACGGUUUCAGAAAUGAGAAUAUUGUGUUAAUGAAGUGAAAGACCCCUUUAGUUUUCAGUCAGACACCAAACGGCUCGCUGCCUCGCACCACGGACACUCCACUCUGACACCUUGCACUGAAUGGACCGGAUCGGGACAAAGAGGCUGAAACAGAGGCAGAGAGUGUCACUUCGAGACUGGAGUAAUCCCCAGCGCAACUUCAUCGCCGGUCCAGAGGUCACUGGGGCCUUCCCCCGCCACAGUGACACGAUGGGUACGACAUCCAGCAACCGCCACCCACAACUUCCUGUUCGGCACGAACAGAGUCUUCUGAUUGGCCGGAGGAGGUUUUCCAAUCUCCACGAGAAAGCGGUUUUCCUGGGUCCUGAAGGAUAUAAAGUGACGUGCUGGGCUGUAGCGGCGGCCGAGGAGUCUGCAACCAUCCUCACGAUCAGAAAAGCUAUGAAUGAACUCAAGAAGCUGGAGAAGGAAUAUAGCAGAGGAACGGUCACUGACACAAUGAUCAACUCGCCCACCGUCAAUGACAUGAAGGAUUGUUGCAUUGCUUCGGCUCUCAAAUGUUUCGCAUCCAAUGUGAUUUACCUUCCCGUCAAUAACAAAAUGGCACAGAGGGUGAUCCACAGAGACCUUCUCAAAACCAAAACUGUUCUGAAUAAAGUGUCCAGUUGCAGCAACGAGACAGAGAAAGCCCAGUGCAAACCCUGUAACAUGUACCCGAUGGUUGACGGACGCACGUAUUUAGAGAACUUUCAAACUCUUCUGCAAAAGAUCUUCGUCAGACUGCAAUAGAAAUGAGUACAGUGAGAAAGUGUACGUGACACUACCACAGCAGAAACUGCACCGCUGCUCCGAGACCCUGCUACCCUAUUUAUUACUUAUUUAUUGAACAUUUUCGUGAUAAUUUCCACUAGGAGAUCUGUUCAAGGACUGUGAAGCAAAUGUUUAGAACUUGUUGAUUUGAAUGAAAAGUCUGUAGCACCACCUGGCGUUGAGAUCACACAACUCGUGUCUUAAAACCAUUCCUGGAAAGAAACUGUGAGGUGGUUUCCCUGCCGAACAUGAGACCCGAUGCAAAAAAAACACAAGUGCUCUUUAUGGAAGAUAAGAUCUUUCACAGUAUCAUGCUUUCUCAAAACACGAUUAACCUUAACAUCCGUCUGGAAAACCAUUUUAUAGAUCUAUAUGAAUCUAAACCUGAUAUCUCACAAUGAGAUGUAUGUAUUG